UCUGAGCGUACGUGUGCUGUCAGUUGGCGCCGGGCAGAUGCAGUCAAAGAGCUACCCGUCUCCCAGCGUUCUGCUGGUGGAGGCGUUUUACGGUGGAUCUCACAAACAGCUGAUUGAUCUGCUGAAAGAAAACAUCGACAGCUGCUCUGUCUUCACGCUGCCCGCCAAGAAAUGGCACUGGAAGGCCAGAACAGCGGCAUUGUACUUCAGCCAGACCAUCCCCACCUGUCCAACAUACAGAGUCCUGUUUAGCAGCUCGGUCCUGAACCUGUGUGAACUGGUGGCUCUCAGACCAGAUCUGGCCCGUCUGAAAAAGGUUCUGUACUUCCACGAGAACCAGCUGGUUUAUCCGGUCCGCAAAGACCAGGAGAGAGACUUCCAGUAUGGAUACAACCAGGUCCUUUCAUGCCUGGUGUCAGAUGUGGUGGUGUUUAACUCGCUCUUCAACAUGGACUCCUUCCUGUCCUCCAUCUCCUCCUACAUGAAGAAGAUCCCAGACCACCGACCCGCAGACCUGGACCAGCUGAUCCGUCCUAAGUGUGUGGUCCUGAGCUACCCAGUCCAGUUCCCUGAUGUCAGCAGGCUGCUACCCAAACACAAACUCAUCCGCUGGCAGGUGGAGCAGCAGCAGAUCAGUCCCGAUGAGCCUCAGACUCUGCGGUCUGAGGAGCAGCAGGAGGAACCACAUCAGUCCACACCUGAACCCAGAACAGAGCAGAAACCUGUUUCUGAGGAGGACUCCGAAGACCAGAUAAAACCUCUGCAUAUUGUCUGGCCUCACAGGUGGGAACAUGACAAAAACCCCGAGCUGUUCUUCUCCACGCUGCUCAGACUGAAGGAGAAACGACUCGACUUCCACCUGUCGGUGCUCGGAGAGACUUUCACUGAUGUACCAGAGAUCUUCUCAGAGGCCAGACAUCUGCUGGACUCUCACGUCCUGAAUUGGGGUUUUCUCUCCAGUAAAGAAGAUUACCUCGCGGUGCUGUGUCAGGCCGAUGUGGUCGUCUCCACCGCAAAACACGAGUUUUUCGGAGUCGCCAUGUUAGAGGCUGUUCACUGUGGCUGUUAUCCUCUGUGUCCGAAGGCUUUAGUGUAUCCUGAAAUAUUUCCAGCAGAGUACCUGUACUCCACGCCUGAGCAGCUGUGUAAACGGCUGCAGGGACUCUGCAGGAGGCCUGACAUCGCCCGCAGACACAUUGUCAAGGUCGACACCUCCUCCUUCUCCUGGACCUCUCUGAAGGAUCAUUUUAAGACUCUGCUGGCAGACGAAGGUCCCUGAACGCACCGCAGACCAGGGCUCUGAGAAUUCAGUCCAUUAGCGUUGGACGGUUUGGAGGUUUGGAGGUUUGGAGGCGGUCGGACCGUCUGCCAGGCCGUUGUCAUGCCUGACUCGACGCCACAUCCCGCAGAAAGCGCCGGUGACGUCCAGGCCGAGCGUCUCGGGCACCUCUGAGCUCCGAAUUAAAGUACGUCUGCCGGGCUGGAGACGCUGAGUCUGGACCUGUAAAUGUCCCCGUCUUCUCCGGCUGGAGGAGAACUCUCUUUUAUGUGUGUGGUUUUAGAGGAGGGGGGGUGGGGGGUUAACGUGUAAAAGCUUUCAUGUUUCCACAGGCGGUGCCACCUCAUAUAUCCGCCUGGAUCCAUUUUUAUCCUUUGUUGUGUUUCUGUUCUUCACCACACCGACUGAGCGGCAGCCAGGCGCUGGUUUCUGUCUGCUGCUCCACCUGAGCUGCCAGGUUCAGGCCUGGAACAAAUUAUCACAAUAAAGUGGAUCUACAGACGUUUGUUACCACUGAGGCGACAGUACAUCAUACACUGAACUUUAUAAAGUCCUCAAAACAAGUGAACAAAUCUGCAAGUUUGUCAUCAAUCAUCAGGUUUUUUUUAGACUUCUUCACAAUUCUUUGAAUAAUUUAAUUUAGAUCUCAAUCUGAUCAAUAAAUAAGUCUAUUAUUUAUGGAAGUCCAUUUAUACCAAGAAAGAAAAAGAUCAAAACUUAGAUAACUAAAACAAAAACUUUAUCUGCCUGGUUUGAAAAAAAACAAAAAAAACUAGUUUCAAUCAAAAUCAUGUUUCUGAGAAUUCCUGAAACAUUUUCAUCUCUUUGUUGAACAAACUUUUAUCUAAUAAUAAAGUAAAACGUCUCUUGAUUUAACAAAGUAGGACCCAUAUGGGAGCACAUCCUCCCAAGAAAAGGAAAAAUAUUAAAAUUAACAUGUUAACGUGAAAAUUACUAUACAAGUAAAAUAAUUAAUGUAAAAAAUUAAAACCAAAAAUUGUCACGGUGAGUCAAAAUGAUGAGAUACUUAGUCAAAUUAUUAAAGGAAUUUAAAAAAAUGAUUGGGCAAAGUUAAAAAUUUGAGAUGAGUGAAAGUUCAAAUAGUAAGUAAAACAUUUGAGACGAUAAGUAAAGACACUGAGAAAACAAGUCAAAAUCAUGUGAUGGAUAAAAAAGUUAAGUAGGAAAUUGUUGAAAUUUUGUAGUUUAGUCAAAAACAAGACACAGAGUCAGAAAUUAAACGUCAGUACAAAUGUAUGAGAUAAAAAAUCUGACAAAAGCCAUUUACUAGAAACCUGAACCUAUUUUGAAAUGUAUAUGUAGAUUUAUAUUUUAUCCAUGUGAUGAGCUUAUUCCUGUUUCUUAAAAGGACAGUCCAAUCCGUACGUUCUAAAAUAACAUGUUUUCUUCUUUAUGUUGUUUUGUCUAACUUUAUUAUGCCCUGGGUUGGUGAGAUGGUAACACUUGAACUAAAAUAAAUGAUAAAUCAAAUAUAUUUUUGGUAAAUGAUAAGUGUAGUAACAUCACGUGGUUCAAGUCACGACCCGAUGACAUAAUAAACCUCCAGAACAACACGCUGCUAAUAAAGUUUUUACUGCAGAGUCCAUAAAACACAGAGGCUCUAAAGCUUUUCAUUGGCCUGUUAAUACGUGCGUUUACUGCGAUACCUCCAGGUCGUUGACUUUAAGCGUCAGAGACUGCACGGUGUCCGCGGCGGUGUCGCGAGGGCGGACGGACGACGUGCUGGAGCGUGCUCCGUCUCUCGGUGGUGGUGUCAGAUUUUCAGCCUGCUGUCUCUGUGGAUCUGUCCUCUCAUGCGUCGCUGCAGCGAGAGUCACUCUCUGCUGUAAUUAAAGCGUUUCGUUCUCUGGCCCGAGGUCAGAUUUAAAGACACGGCAGUGUUUCUUCGUUUGAGAUGUUUCUCUGUAGCUGCAGGAGCUGAAUCAGUAAACUGAGGCCUGGAGCUGGAACCUGCUCGCUGAGCUCAGCUUCAAACACACAAAGAAAAAACUCUCGAACUCGGUGCUGACAGAUUUCGCCUGACAGAAAGUAGCCCGAUUUUUAGCUUUCGUUUCGGAGAGGGGCUUUUGUCCAGCCUCUGAGGCCCCCACCCCUCGUAUAUAGGAACCUCUAACUGAAAGAGGCUCAAACCGACAACAAAUGACGCUGUUUUUUGCAGUCACUUCGUGUUUCUUUGUGUUCGUUUUAUUCUCUGUGGUUGUUUUGCAUCUCCUUGUGGUCAUUUUGAGUAUAUCAGUAUAAUUAAAUGUUUUUCAAAGGCUUUUCGACGAUUUACUUUAAAUGAUAGAAGUUUUCAUAGUUGUAUCAUUUUAGAAGACACAGGAGGUAUGAUUUUGCCACGCAGUCAGUGAGUUACACUGUGAGCAACAACUCGAGCCGUGUUGUUUCAGCCUGUAUCUGAUCGCAUGUAGUCAAACCGUCCCGUUAAAAGCUGCUGAACCGGCUGUGAUCAGCUCCUGUUCUCAGUGCAGCCGUGGACGUUCAGACAACCGGCACCGGGUCACUGUGACACUGAGGGAAACUUAAAAACAGGAAGAUUCUGAAUGAAGUUCUGCAGCUAUGAGGAGAGUCCACAUAUUUUAGCCAUAUUUUUAAAUUUCUCAGACCAUAUAUGCAUAUUAAAAAUAUAUUUAAAAGUAUAUUUAAAGUAAAUCAAAGAAUGUUACGAGGUAAAGUAAGACAAAGACUAGGAAAAAAAAAUAUAAUGAUUAAUAAAAUAAAGGGCGCAGACUGGCACCUAAUCAAACUCCUUAAAAAAAAGUGGGAAGUUACCGUUAUAAUAGUUUUUCAUUUCAUCAUCAGUAAAGUUAAAUUUUAGUGAAAUGUGUGUAAAAUCAGUAACAAGAAAUGUGGAAUAUUUUCAUUUGAUUGAACAGUGCAGCCAAUAGAAACUCAGUUUAAACAUCACAACUCAAUAAAAGGCACUUGUAAAUUUAAAUUUAAGGGUGAAAUGUUUUACGGUGUCUCUAAACAAAUCAAAGAAAUAUUUCAGCUGACAGCGAGUCACAGAGAGAAGAAGAGAAAAGAGAAAUGUAUAAAAGUCAAAGAAAAGCAGUUUGGUUUGAGGGUUUUUGAAAACUGUUGGAUUAUCAACAAAGAACAGCGACACUAAUUUCACGCUUCAGGAAUGAAGCUGGUUUCAGUCUGUUGGCUCUGCAGAGCUCUGAUUGUAGCUCCGUCACCUCCAGCACCAAACACUCAAACUCAACCACACAAACAUUCAGAGAAACGAGGUGAGGAAAUGUGUCUGUGGUAAUGAAGGUGUCAGACUGUGGACAUCUGUGUCGUCCUGACGCCUGAUGGACCUCGUCUUCUGGUCUGAAGAGGCUCAGUCUGAUCUAGCGUCUUUAACAGUUCAGCGUAAAGUGGAGUCUUGUGUUUCCACGAGCUGCCAUUUUUUAACAACCACAAGCAUGGAACGAGUUCUGGUCUCUGCCGAACCUCAGUGAUGUGUUGGACUCGCUAAUAUCAUGCUAUCAUAUGUUGGAUCAACAGGAGCUAAACUCUGCUCAUGUCCCAUCAGCUUCGUGCCCUGUUUACACUGUCUGAUCUCCAAAACGUUAGCUGCUAACGUUAGCAGCCAACGUUAGCUCCCUUUAGUUGACACUGGAUGUCUUGCAGCUGUGGCCUGCUACUAUAAUUUUCCUCAUUGGCUGGUGUUGAAUUGUUAGCGUAGCACUGCUAAUGUUAUGGCUGUGUGUCACGUUAGCUCAUGUUGUCCAUGAUGAUGGAAGGGACAUACGGCUCAUAUCUCCUCGUCUCCAUCAGUCUCUGCUGUCUGGACCCAGAUCUCUUUCCACGGCGCUUCGUUCCUCCUCCUCGUCCUCUGUGGGGAUGUCGUUCUUGUCGCCAUGCCGGCCGGCUUCAGCUCGAUCAGCUGCUUAUGAGCCAUAAUUGGUAGUUUACUGCCAUUGUUGUAAUGUGUGACUGAUAGUAGCUUAGCUUUGCUAAUGUAAUGUUAGCUUUGUGCCCUGUCUGCUGAAUUGCCAGUAGCUUAGCUAACAUUAUGUUAACUUCGGUUUCUGUUUUUCUUGGUCUUGUCCUGUUGAAUGACAUUUGCUAACUAAGACAACCCCCAGCAGCCCCCCCCCCCCAGUAUGCUGCUUUGUCACACCUGCCCCCAGCCUUUGAUUAAUUAUUCUGAACACUUCCCUGGAUAAGGAAACAUAGCUGUGUUUAAAUGUGUUAAAUAAAAGUCUGUCUGAUGUGGAAAUGUGAUUUAUCCAGUUUUGUAGAGAGAGCAGCAGAAAUAAAAGGAAACCUAACCAUUGGCAUCAAAGCAGCGUCGACUGUCAGCCGCUAUCUUGGGAUUUAUUUAAAAAAUGCAGCAGUUGAAAGACCCAUUUUUAAAUGAAGGCCAGCCUCGGUUUUCCUUCAGCUUCAGAGGAAGACGCCCCUCCCUGGAGACACUGGAGCAUUAAAGGUGCCGUAAUUAUCCGAGCGAGCUGCCAGCUCCAUGUUAGCUUUUUACCACUGCCAUAUGUUAGCUGCUGCUCGCCGGUGUGUUCAUGAAGGGACAAAAGCAGAGAGAAAGAGAGGGAAAAGACGACGCUGUCCUCAUGUGACACAGUCAUAUGCUAUCAAUAUGCUGCCAUGUUUUUAAUGGGCCCUCUGGUUAGAACGUGGCACGCCUCGCCUCGUCUUUUUCAUCUGAUUUUCUUUUCUAAGUGAGGCAGCAGGCAGCCGUCCAUCACCACCACUCUCCUCUGCUCUCCAGAAACACCGCGGUCCACAGUUAUUAUAUGAAAUAGCUGCUCUGAGAGGUUUGGCUCCGUCACACAAAACAGUCCAGAAACACCGAGGAUGGACUGAGUCAGCCGAGGAGUCCUGGAAGAAACACUCAGACUUUACUGCUGGAAGGAUAACCCAGCACUCCCACCACUCCUUAAUCCUCCAUUCACAAGUUCAGCGUGUAGCCUGUUCAACAUGACAGAACCACGUUAACAUGCUCGCAGUAAGCAUGUUAAUGUGGUUGAGUGUUAGUAUGUGAUUUAAAUAAACCUGCUAAAAGGCUGAUGUCAAUGUGCUAACGUGCUUGCAGUUAACGAGUUGACGUCGCAGAGUUUGAAGAAGUAAUGAAGAUGUGCCGAUUAUUUCUCUCAGUUAAUUCUCUGGUUUAUAAAACAUCACGAAACAGCGGAAAGUUCUAGUCAUAACAACCUACAGCAAAAGAUGAUGUUAUGAGUUGUUGUGUUUUGUUUGACCGCUAAUCCAAAAUCCACAGACAAUCCUUUUACUAUAACGAAAGGGCAAGAAAAGCAGCAAAUUCUCACAUAUGAGAAGCGGGAACUAUUAAAUGUUUGGAAAUUUUGCUUGAAAAUGAUUGAAACAAUAAAUCUAUUUCCAAAAUAGUUGCCGAUUAGUUUUCCCCUGAUCAACCGACCGAUUGAUUGACUAAUCGUUGCAGCUUUACUAAGGUUUUCUUCACAUUUAGUAACAUUUCAUAACAUUGGCAUGCUAACACACCGAACAUUAGUAUGAUGGAAUGCUAAUAUUAGCAUCUUUAUUAGCAUGCUUAAGGAUCGCGUGGCUCAGUUCCGUCGGAAACUAGAACCCGUCUCUCUUCACAGGCCCCUCGGCUGCCGAUGUACCUGAUAGAUCCUCACUCCGGCUCAGUGUCGUCCGGUCUGAGCCCUGCAGCAGCUCUGUGCAUCACCUGACAUCUCCCAACAGAGACCUCAUUCAUGUGACCACAUGUUAUGUUAGAAAUAUUUCAGCUUCCUUAACUCUCACAAAAGCCUUCGAAAACCUGAUAUAUGACCAUAAGGUGUAAAUGUCAGUUAUAGACAGAUAUAACUGUGAGUAGACAGAUAUCCCAA